AUGUUUCCAUCAGAAGCCCCAAGCGAAGCCAACUUGAAGACCGAAAUUUCCAUCAAACAUCUGAUUGUCGUGUGCUGCCAUGCUAUCUAUCUAGGUUCCGGGUCUUCAAGCACGUCUGCGAAGCCAGCUUCCAAUGAAUCGGCUGCAUUCGUUGAACUUCCCAGCGACAAUGAAGCCAACUGGCUGAUUGAGCCUUUUCAAAAGGGUGAGACCGCGACAUACAUUUCACAUAUCAAGGCCGGAGUGGAGGCUCUUGCUGCUGACGAGCACGCGAUCCUGGUGUUUAGCGGAGGUGCUACCAAGCCACAGCUGACGGACAAGACUGAGGGCGAUGGUUAUUUGAACGUAGCUCUUGAGCAGCAGCUUUUUGGGAGCAAGGACCCGGCUCUCUCGCAACGAAUGUUCGUCGACCGCUUCGCCACGGACUCAUAUCAAAAUAUUCUCUGUUCUCUGAUUCAAUUCCCACUGUUCGUACAAGAACUUCAAGGUCACGCAUGCAGUCUCAGUACCAAGGAAUCCCCACAAGCAAUCUUUCCCAACAAGCUAAUCAUAGUAUCUCACGAGUUCAAGCGGGCUAGGUUUUUGGACCUUCAUGCUCCAGCUCUACAGUGGUUUGGGGAAACCAAAUUCAUAGGGAUCAAUCCGCCAUUUGAUUCGGUCAAGAUGGCAGAGAUAGAGGAAGGGGAUAGAUUGAGGGGUUUCGGGGCGUGGAAGAAGGACAUCUACGGGGUCGGGCCUGCUCUUGCUGACAAGAGACUUGCGAGGGGUUGGAAUGAAGAUCUAUUCAGGGCCAGAGUCCUCGCCAAGUUUUCUGAUGAGAGUCUGAGGAAUCGCAUCUUUCAUUUUGUGGCUCUUCGACAACGAUAUCAUGGUCAGGACUUGUCGAAAAGUUACGAAGAGAAAUUGCCGUGGAGUUAA